AUGUCUUUGGAGGAGGUCUGGCGCUCUGCAGCUGGGAGCCCUUACCAUUCAACCGUACCGACUAAUUCCCAACUUCUUCCAGCUAUAUUACUUUUGUUCGCAGGCUUUGUUUUUACUGGAAUUUUCGCUUUAAAUCGGUCCGCUCUGAACAUCGCUCUCUUGGGAGUUCCAGCCUCGUUAGCAUUUGGAUUCGGGUCGGUCUUCAUGAUCUGUGCAGUGGGGGUGUAUGUUUAA